CAGUGUGAACAGUUCAGUUUGUUCAGCGCGCUCAGCGAGUAUCGUUGCUCGCUUACGCUAAGCGUGACCAUCAAGAAUCGUCUCUUCGUGAUAGUGCAUGCGUGAGACGAACCCCUUCGAACGGUCGACCUUUGACCCAACCGAGGUCAGAAAAAGCCUAUUCGCAGGCGCGGAUCGCCGAUCGUCGAUUUCCGUUUUUGGACUGCACGAUCCAUUGGAUUAUUGUUAUCGGAACUCAUCCGGAUUUCGUGUGAAGUUUUUGUAGGCUCAUCAUGUUACCGAGAUUGGUACUGCCAAUAAUUUUGCUACUCGUGAUUCUAGCAAUAAGCACACGAUCGCGCGCUUGCGAUUUGGACCAGAUGCAGUAUGGAUGUCGAAUUUAUAACGCACAAUGCAGAUGCGGUUAUGGCUGUUCUUCCGAAUACAGAUAUAAUAAUAAUGAGGACUGUAAAGAAGCAUUAAGAGGCAAGCGUAGUGAUACGUGCUACAGAUUAAAACCUUGCUUGAACGAGGGAUCUUGCAUACAAAUAUCGUCAGAUCCUGGAUUUAAAUGUCGCUGCGAAGGAACCGGUUAUUAUGGGCCACUCUGUGACAAACCUUGUCCAGGACUGAAUCAUUUACGUCUCCGAGGGCCGUUCCCCUACGAAUGUGUUGUAAUCUAAUCUACAAUGCUUCUUAUUCUUACCUACUAAAAAUCAAAUACAUGUUAUUAAAUACAAAAAAAUGAACACGUUUUGUAACAAUUUCCACAUCUUUGUACAUACAUAAUAAAUACAUAUUGUAUAUAUCAUAAUA